AGUUUGAUGAAUUUAAGGAUUGAAUUGAUACACAAUUACAAGUGUAGACCAUUUCGCCUAAAUUGAAAAGAAAAGAAAAGAAUAUUUAUCCGCCGGAAGGCGGUGGAUCUGAAGUAAAGGGAAAGAUGGAGAAUGAGAAUAGAGUGGGGAAAAGUAAAGAUGAGAAGAACAAUGGCAACGAGAUAAAGAGUUUGUUAGCGUUGAAAUCCAUAUUCUCUUUCAAUGGAAAAAAGCGAAACGGUGACAGUGAAGGUGGCAAUGAUGCACCGCCUUAUCAGCCUUUACCUUUUCUAUCUUCAAUCGCUAAUUCUGUUGUCUCUCGUUCUUGCAAGAUAUUGCAGGUAGAGAUUGAAGAGUUGCAACAUCAAUUUGAUUCAGAUCUUGUUGAUGAUGUUAAACAACCCAUAGUGUAUGCAAGGAACUUUCUGGAAUUUUGUUCCUUCCAAGCUCUUCAAGUUGUAACCACCCGUCCUGAUUAUCUGAGCGAUAAGGAAUUCCGUCGGUUGAUGUUCGACAUGAUGCUAGCAUGGGAGGUCCCUGGUGUUGGAAAUCAAGAAACUGCUGCUUCUGAUAAGAGGGAAGUGGAGGAUGAAGAUAGCUGGUCAUUGUUUUAUUCGGAUUCCACAGACAUGGCUGUUCAGGUUGAUGAUAAAAAGACAGUUGGUGAAGAAUCAUUUUCACGAAUUGCUCCUGCUUGUGCUAUUAUUGCAGACAUUAUAACAGUUCACAAUCUUUUCGAUGUCCUAGCAAGUUCAUCAGGUCACCGGCUCCAUUUUCUUAUAUACGACAAGUACCUUCGGAGUCUUGAAAAGGUGAUAAAGGCGGUCCAGAAUUUCAGUGGACCUCAAUUGGUGUCCAACCUUUCACUUGCAGAGGAAGAGAUAGUGCUAGAGGUGGAUGGUACAGUUCCCACACAACCAGUUUUGGAACAUAUUGGAAUAUCUGCAUGGCCUGGAAGGUUGACAUUAACUAACCAUGCUCUCUACUUCGAGUCUGGAAUGGGCUUAUAUGACAAGGCAGUGCGGUAUGAUCUAGCAUCCGACUUGAAACAGAUCAUUAAGCCUGAGCUUACUGGACCUUUAGGUGCUCGCCUUUUUGAUAAAGCUGUUAUGUACAAGUCCUCAUCUAUGAUGGAUCCUGCAUAUUUUGAAUUUCCAGAAUUUAAAGGAAGUUCAAGACGGGACUAUUGGUUGGAUAUUUGUCUCGAGAUUUUCCAUGCUCACAAUUUUGCUCGGAAGUAUAAACUCAAAGAGGGUCAGCAGUCCGAAGCACUUGCUAGGGCUGUUCUUGGAAUUUACAGAUAUAAGGCAGUCAGAGAGGCUUUUAAGGUAUCUUCUUCCAAUUACAAAACCCUACUGUGUUUUAACUUAGCAGAAAGUCUUCCUAGAGGAGAUGCGAUCUUGGAAACUUUAUCAAGCCGCUUGAAACUCAUGAACUCUGCCGGCAAUCGACGUGGAUUAUUGGGUUCUCCUAGUGCAAGGAGACAGGUGAUACACCCAGUAUCACGGGUGUCACUUUGUAGACUUGGAAUUAUCUUAUCCAAGGAGGUUGACAUAAUUGGAGAAGCAACAACUUUAGUAGGAGAUGUCUUUGUUGGUGAGGUAAAUCCUCUGGAAAAUGCGGUCAAGCAGUCAAUGAAGAACAUUGGAAGAGCUGAAGCUGCACAGGCGACAGUUGACCAAGUCAAAGUUGAAGGAAUUGAUACUAAUUUAGUGGUAAUGAAGGAGCUACUUUUACCUCUCAUCAAACCAAUGAACCAACUUCAACUAUUAGCUUCAUGGAAAGAUCCAUGGAAGUCGAUUUUAUUUAUGGUGUUUUUAAGCUAUGCUAUAAUCAGGGAGUGGAUAAAAUAUGCAUUGCCUUCGUUGUUGGUUGUGCUUGCAGUUAUCAUGUUUUGGCGUAGGAAUGUGAGGAAAGGGAAGCCAUUAGAACCACUAAAAGUCAUAGCUCCUCCUCCAAAAAAUGCUGUUGAGCAGCUCUUGAUAUUGCAGGAAGCUAUUAGUCAACUUGAGGCAUUAAUCCAAAGUGGCAACAUUAUUCUGCUGAAAGUACGAGCUCUCAUUUUUGCUGUUCUUCCACAGGCAACUGACAGGACAGCUCUUUUACUGGUGACUGUGGCCUUGUCUUUUGCUUUUGUGCCACUCAAAUAUUUGAUUCUUUUUGCGUUCUUGGAGUCUUUCACAAGCAAUAUGCCUCUGAGGAAAAUUAGCAGUGAAAGAGAUCUUCGACGGGUUAGAGAGUGGUGGAUCAGGAUACCAGCAGCCCCCGUGCAACUUAUCAAACCUGACGACAAAAAAGACAAGAGUAAAAAACCUAUAUUCAAAAAGGAGAAGAAGCAUGAAGAGUAGGAGUUAAUGUAAAUACUGGUCCUUUAUUGGCAUAUGUCAAUGAAGAUAGAUGGCACAAAGUCAAUGAAAACCAAUUUGACUUGGUAAAAGAAUCAUUGGUUUCUAUUAUUGUGUUAUGUAAUUACAUUAGUGAUUGUAUAAUAUUCUUGAAUGUUAAUGAAAAAACUAAGUGGACAGAGUUGGAGUUUUUAUCAACGACAACUCUAGUCUGACAAAGAACCCAACCUUGACUUUCAA